AUGAUAUUGUCCUUACGUCACGACGAGACACUACCGUGUUUCUAUACAAGUAAUAGUGAUGAUUUUUGCAGCAUCAAAAGUAAACCAGCUAUUGUUCAUAAAGAUGUUAAGCCAGAUAAUAUUUUAGUUGAUUCAAACUAUACAAGAGAAUUAUGUGAUCUUGGUAUAAGCAAGUUUACAGAAAUGCCUAAUUUACUUAAAACUACAAUUGAUCAUAAUUUUCAAGGAACGCCAUUCUUCAUGGCCCCAGAUAUACUGAUACAAAAUAGAGCAGCUACUACUGCUUCAGAUGUUUGGUCAUUAGUAGGUGUAAUAGUUGAAUUAUAUAGUAAAUCAAAACUUUGGUCUAUAAAAGAUUGCCAAUUUGGUGGAUUACAAGGAUUGAAAUAG